ACGCUCCGUCGCGUAGCCGACACCGAUUCGAGCAACAGUUCACAGUGCACGAUGAACGCAUCAGCAUCCGACGAUGGAACGACGUUGCUGCUGCAGCGACUGCUGGAGAUUCUGCGGGAGGAGCACGCGUUCGAUCGCACGGCCAACGAACCCGUCGUGCGAUUCGUUCAACCGAAAGAGCUACAGAAACGAUUCUCGGUGGACUUGAACGAGGAACCGGCCACCGAAGAGGAGAUCGAGACGGCGAUCAGACAGACGAUUCGAUACUCGGUGAAAACGUUCAGCCCGAAUUUCCACAAUCAGCUGUACGCGGGCACCGACGAGUAUGGUUUGGCUGGCUCAUGGCUGACGGACAUCUUCAAUACGAGCCAAUACACGUACGAGGUGGCUCCCGUGUUCACGCUGAUGGAACGAGAGGUGAUCGAGAGGUCGCUGGAACUAGUGGGGUAUCCUCCGAUGCCAGAGGGCGACGGUAUCCUCAGCCCCGGAGGAAGCAUCGCAAACAUGUACGGUAUGGUGUUGGCGAGAUACAAAAAGAUCCCGGGUAUCAAGGCUAAGGGACUGGUAGGCCUGCCACCGCUGGUCUGUUUUACCAGCGAAGCUGGUCACUACUCGAUCACGAAGGGGGCCCACUGGUUGGGUCUGGGGACCGAUAACGUCUACAAGGUAAAAUGUGAUGAGUUGGGCCGAAUGCGACCAGAUGCCCUGAAGGCUGCUAUCACGGAGGUCAAGGGCAAAGGACACUUACCGUUCUUCGUGAACGCCACCUGUGGAACCACGGUCCUCGGGGCCAUCGAUCCCUUGCCAGAAAUCGCGGCGAUCUGUCGCGAAGAGGAUCUAUGGUUACACGUUGACGCCUGCCUGGGCGGUACGUUGUUGCUUUCGGAGAAGUAUCGAACGCGAUUACGGGGAAUCGAACUCUCCAAUUCCGUGGCGUGGAAUCCGCACAAGAUGCUCGGCGCCCCGUUCCAGUGCUCCUUCUUUCUGGUCAAGGGAAAGAACAUUUUGCACGAGGCGAAUUGCGCGGGCGCCAGGUACCUCUUCCAGCAGGACAAGCACUACGACGUGUCCUGGGACACUGGCGACAAGAGCUUGCAGUGUGGAAGGAAGGUUGACGGUGCCAAGAUGUGGCUGAUGUGGAAAGCCCGCGGGACCCAAGGACUUCGCGAAUCCGUGGACGUAGCGAUGGCCGCGACCGAGUACUUCUUCCAACGAAUCAAGAACCGCGACGGUUUUCGACUGGUCCUCCCAGAGUUCGAAAGCUGCAACGUCUGUUUCUGGUACAUACCACCUAGCAUGCGCGGUCGAGAGGAAACGCAGGACUGGUGGGACGAGUUGUACAAAGUCGCCUCGAAGGUCAAGGAACGUAUGAUGGUCGAGGGGUCGUUGAUGGUUGGCUACACGCCGCUGUCGUACAAUAAUCUCGGCAAUUUUUUCCGUAUGGUGGUUACGUGCCAACCUCCACCGACGGAAGCUUCCAUGGACUACGCUAUCGAGAAGAUCGAAGAGUUCGCCAGCGAUUUGUAA